UCUCCUCCGGUCCCUUCUGCCUGCAGCAUGGGGAAGAACAAACUCCUCCAUUCAAGUCUUGUUCUUCUCCUCCUGGUCCUCCUGCCCACAGAAGCCUCUGGCUCUGCAAAACCACACUACAUGGUGCUGGUCCCCUCCCUGCUGCACACUGAGACCCCUGAGAAGGGCUGUGUCCUUCUGAGCUACCUGAAUGAGACAGUCACCGUACGUGCUUCCUUGGAGUCUCUCAGGGGAAACAGGAGCCUCUUCACUGACCUGGUGGCGGAGAAGGACUUAUUCCACUGUGUCUCCUUCACCAUCCCGCGGUCUUCGUCCAGUCAGGAGGUGAUGUUCCUCACCGUCCAAGUGAAAGGAUCAACCCAGCAAUUCAGCAGCCGGACCACCGUGAUAGUUAAAAACAAAGAGAGUCUGGUAUUUGUCCAGACAGACAAACCUAUCUACAAACCAAAGCAGACAGUGAAAUUUCGUGUUGUCUCAUUGGAUGAAGAUUUUCACCCCGUGAAUGAGUUGAUUCCACUAGUAUACAUUCAGGACCCCAAAAGAAAUCGCAUCGCACAAUGGCAGAGUCUCCAGUUAGAGAGCGGCCUCACGCAAUUGUCCUUUGCCCUCUCAUCAGAGCCCUUUCUGGGCUCCUACAAGGUGGUGGUACAGAAACAAUCAGGUGGAAACGUAGAGCAUCCUUUCACGGUGGAGGAAUUUGUGCUUCCCAAGUUCGAAGUGCAAGUGACAAUGCCAAAGGUAAUCACCAUCUUGGAAGAAGAGAUGAAUGUGUCAGUGUGUGGCCUAUACACAUAUGGGAAGCCUGUCCCGGGACAUGUGACUGUGAGCAUCUGCAGAAAGUAUAAUAACCCUUCCACCUGCUAUGGCGAAGAGUCACAGGCGCUCUGCAAGAAAUUCAGUCAACAACUGAACAGAUAUGGCUGCUUCUCUCAGCAAGUAAACACCAAGGUCUUCCAGAUGAAGAAGGAAGGGUAUCAAAUGAAACUGGAUGUGGAGGCCAAUAUCAAAGAAGAAGGAACAGGAGUGGAAUUAACUGGAAGAGGAUCCACUGAAAUCACAAGAACCAUAACCAAACUGUCAUUUGUGAAAGUGGACCCAUAUUUUAGAAAAGGGAUCCCUUUCUUUGGACAGGUGCGCCUAGUGGAUGGGAAAGGUGUCCCAAUGCCAAAUAAAAUCAUCUUCAUCACAGCAAAUGAAGCUAACUAUAAAUCCAAUGCUACCACAGAUGAGAAUGGCCUGGCACAGUUCUCCAUCAACACCACCAGUGUUAUGGGCAUCUCUCUUACCAUUCAUGUCAAACACAAGAAUCAAAAUGUCUGUUAUGGCUACCAUUGGCUGUCAGAGGAAAAUGAAGAGGCUCAUCACACUGCUAAUCUCGUAUAUUCCUUAAGCAAGAGCUUUGUGCAGCUCGAGACCAUGCCUGGUGAACUGCCCUGCGGCCAAACUCAGGCGGUCCAGGCAGAUUAUAUUCUGAAUGCACAGGCCCUGCAGGAGCUGAAGGAGCUUGUCUUCUAUUAUCUGAUAAUGGCAAAGGGAGGCAUUGUCCGAACUGGAACUCAUGUACUGCCUGUGGAACAGGGAGAUAUGAAAGGCCACUUUUCUGUGUCAGUCCCUGUGGGGUCAGACAUUGCUCCUGUCGCUCGGUUGCUCAUCUACGCCAUUUUACCUGACGGGGAAGUGAUUGGAGAUUCUGCAAAGUAUAACGUUGAAAAUUGUCUGACCAACAAGGUGGAUUUGAGCUUUAGCCCAGCGCAAAGUCUCCCAAGCUCACCCGUCCACCUGCGAGUCAGGGCGUCGCCUCAGUCGGUCUGCGCCCUCCGGGCCGUGGACCAGAGCGUGCUGCUCAUGAAGCCCGAGGCCGAGCUCUCCCCGUCCUCGGUUUAUAACCUGCUACCAGUGUGGGACCUCACUGGCUUCCCCGAGGGUUUGAGUCAACAGGAGGAAGACGAUAGAGACUGUGUCCUUGGUCACAACAUACAUAUUAAUGGAUUAACAUAUGCUGUGAUAUCAAAUACAAAUGAAAAAGAUAUGUAUAGCUUCCUACAGGAUAUGGGCUUAAAGGUAUUUACCAACUCAAAGAUUCGUAAACCUGAAAUAUGUAGACAGCCUGAAAAUUAUGGGAUGCAUGCACCUCAACCUCUACUGUAUUUAGACUCAGGAGCAAUGCGAGGAGUCCCUAAAACUGCAAGUAUGAUCAUUGCUGGAGGGCCUCGCACAGAGACUGUACGGAAGUACUUCCCUGAGACGUGGAUCUGGGAUUUGGUGGUGGUGGGAUCUUCAGGUGUGGCUGAGGUAGGGGUAUCCGUCCCUGACACCAUCACGGAGUGGAAGGCAGGGGCCCUCUGCCUGUCCCAGGACACAGGACUUGGUCUCUCUCCCACUGCCUCUCUCCGAGCCUUCCAUCCCUUCUUUGUGGAGCUCACCAUGCCCUACUCUGUGAUCCGCGGAGAGGCCUUCACACUCAGGGCCAGUGUUGUCAACUACCAUCCCAAAUGCCUUUUGAUCUCUGUGCAUCUGGAAGCCACUCCCGCCUUCCAAGCUGUCCCAGUGGAGAAAGAACAAGGAACUGUCUGCGUCUGUGGUGACAAGCGGCAAACUGUGUCCUGGGAAGUAACCCCAAAGUCACUAGGAAAUGUGAAUUUUACUGUGAGCGCAGAAGCACUAUCUUAUGCAGAGUCAUGUGAGACUGAGGUGCCUAGAAUCCCUGAAUAUGGAAAGAAAGACACAAUCAUUAAGCUCCUGUUAGUUGAACCUGAAGGAAUAAAGAAGGAAGUGACAUUCAACUCCCUGCUUUGUCCAUCAGGUGCUGAGGUAACUGAAGAAUUAUCCCUGAAACUGCCACCAAAUAUUGUAGAAGGAUCUGCCCGAGCCUCUGUCUCAGUUGUGGGAGACAUAUUAGGCUCUGCUAUGCAAAACACACAAAAUCUCCUCCAGAUGCCCUAUGGCUGUGGAGAACAGAAUAUGGUCCUCUUUGCUCCCAACAUCUAUGUUCUGGAUUAUCUAAAUGAAACACAGCAGCUGACUCCAGAUAUCGAGUCCAAGGCCAUUGGUUAUCUCAACACUGGUUAUCAGAGACAGUUGAACUACAAGCACCAUGAUGGCUCCUACAGCACCUUUGGGGAGCAACAUGGCAGGAGCCAGGGCAACACCUGGCUCACAGCCUUUGUACUGAAGACUUUUGCCCAAGCUCGAAACCACAUCUUCAUCUACGAAGCACACAUCACCCAGGCCCUCACCUGGCUCUCCCAGAAGCAGAAGGACAACGGCUGUUUCAGGAGCUCUGGGUCACUGUUCAACAAUGCCAUGAAGGGAGGAGUAGAAGACGAAGCCACCCUCUCCGCCUAUGUUACAAUUGCUCUUCUGGAGAUUCCUCUCCCAGUCACGCAUCCUGUUGUCCGCAAUGCCCUGUUCUGCCUGGAGACAGCCUGGAAGUCAGCAAAGGAAGGAGCCCAUGGCAGACAUGCCUACACCAAGGCACUAUUGGCCUAUGCUUUUGCCCUGGCAGGUAACCAGGACAAGAGGGCAGAAGUACUCAAGUCCCUUCAUGAGGAAUCUGUGAAGAAAGACGAGUCAGUCCACUGGGAGCGGCCAGAGAAACCCAAGCCACAAGUGAGGUAUUUUGAGCCCCAGGCUCCCUCUGCUGAGGUGGAGAUGACGUCCUACGUGCUCCUCGCUCACCUCACGGCGCAGCCAGCCCCCACCUCGGAGGACCUGGCUUCUGCGACACGCAUUGUGAAGUGGAUCACAAAGCAACAGAAUUCCCAGGGCGGUUUCUCCUCCACCCAGGACACAGUGGUGGCUCUUCAUGCUUUGUCUAAAUAUGGAGCAGCUACUUUUACCAGGACUGGCAAGGCUGUACAGGUGACAGUCCAGUCUUCGGGGGCAUUUUCCACCAAAUUCCAAGUGGACAAUAACAACCGCCUGGUGCUACAGCAGGUCUCAUUGCCAGAGCUGCCUGGGGAAUAUAACACAAGAGUGACAGGAGAAGCCUGUGUCUACCUCCAGACAUCCUUGAAAUUCAAUAUUGUCCCAGAAAAGGAAGAAUUCCCAUUUGCUUUAGAGGUACAGACUCUACCCCAAACUUGUGAUGGACCCAAAGCUCACACCAGCUUCCAGAUCUCACUGAAAGUCAGUUACACUGGCAGCCGUCCUGCCUCCAACAUGGCGAUUGCUGAUGUGAAGAUGCUGUCUGGCUUCAUUCCCCUCAAACCAACAGUGAAAAUGCUUGAAAGAUCUAACCAUGUGAGCCGGACAGAAGUUAGCAACGACCACGUCUUGAUUUACCUGGAUAAGGUGUCAAAUAACACACUGAGCUUUUCCUUCACGGUUCUGCAAGACAUUCCAAUACGAGAUCUGAAACCAGCCAUAGUGAAAGUCUAUGAUUACUAUGAGACAGAUGAGUUUGCAAUUGCUGAGUACAAUGCUCCUUGCGGCAAAGAUCAAGGAAAUGUUUGAAGACCACAUGAAUGAAAAGUGCUUUGCUGGAUUUUCUGUUCUUAGUACUCCACAGAAGACAAGUGGGUUUUUUUUUUUGUUUUGGUUUGGUUUUGGUUUAUUUUUUUUAAUCUCAAAA